AUGGGAACAGCACAAGCGUACUUCAUGGCUGCUUCAAUCCAACACCCAAAGAUUGUUAAGAAAUACACCGGUAAGUUCAAGAGACAUCACUCUGACAGAUACCACAGAGUUGCCGAAAACUGGAGAAAGCAAAAGGGUAUUGACUCUUGUGUCAGAAGAAGAUUCAGAGGUACCAUUCCUCAACCAAACAUUGGUUAUGGUUCCAACAAGAAGACCAAGCACAUGACUCCAUCUGGUCACAAGGUCUUAUUAGUCAAGAACGUUAAGGAUUUGGAAGUUUUAUUAUUACACACUAAAUCUUAUGCUGCUGAAAUUGCUCACAAUGUUUCUGCUAAGAACAGAGUUGAAAUUGUUGCUAAGGCUAAGAAAUACGGUGUUAAGGUUACCAAUCCAAAGGGUAGAGUUUCUUUAGAAGCUUAA